UCCGAUCCAACCCCCCCCGAACCACUCCCCACUCUCCGGAGCGAACGAUCGCCCUCCACGUCAUGGCUCGCCUCGUCGCUCUCCUCGCCCUCCUCGCCCUCCUCCUCGCCGAUUUUUCCCCCCUCUCCUCGGCGGCGCUCUCCGGAACCCGCUCCGAGUUCGCCGAGUCGAACCCGAUCCGCUCCGUCACCGACCGCGUCGACUCUCUCGAGUCGGCGAUCCUCGCCGCCCUCGGCCGCGCCCGCGAACCCCUCCGCUUCGCCCGCUUCGCCGCGCGGUAAGAAACCCUAACCCUAACCCUAACCCUAACCCUAACUCCAAUGCGUCCCCGUCCGUUGAUCCCGGAUCCGACGGUCACGACCGGGGUUCGAUCUGAGCCGUUGGAUCCGAUGUCAACAGAGUUCGCGGAUAUGAGCUGGGACGAGUUCCGGGCGAGUCGACUCGGCGCGGCGCAGAAUUGCUCGGCGACGCUCAAGGGGAACCACAAGAUGACCGGCGAGGCGAUCCCCGAAACGAAAGACUGGAGGGAAGAUGGUAUAGUGAGCCCAGUGAAGGAUCAGGGACACUGUGGAUCAUGCUGGACCUUCAGCACAACAGGGGCACUUGAGGCAGCAUAUUCUCAGGCCACAGGAAAAUCCAUCUCUCUCUCGGAACAACAGCUUGUCGACUGUGCUUACGCGUACAAUAACUUUGGAUGCAACGGAGGGCUUCCAUCGCAAGCCUUUGAGUAUAUCAAAUACAACGGAGGCCUCGACACCGAAGAUUCAUACCCGUAUGCUGGGGUCAAUGGUGUAUGUAGCUAUAAGCCAGAGAACGUUGGGGUUAAGGUCCGCGACUCGGUUAACAUUACCCUAGGUGCUGAGGAUGAACUGAAGCAUGCAGUUGGUGUUGUUCGUCCGGUUAGCGUUGCAUUUGAGGUGGUCAAUGGUUUCAAAUUGUACAAGGGAGGCGUAUACAGUAGUGAUUCCUGUGGCAGUACUCCUAUGGAUGUGAACCAUGCUGUUCUCGCUGUCGGCUACGGUGUGGAGAAUGGCGUACCCUACUGGCUCAUCAAGAACUCAUGGGGAAAAGAAUGGGGUGUCGACGGUUACUUCAAGAUGGAGCUGGGGAAGAACAUGUGCGGUGUUGCUACUUGUGCUUCGUACCCGAUUGUUGAUGCGUAAUGCAAUUCGCGAAGCAGGUGAUUCGGCGUUGGCACGAGAUAUAAAAUUUCAGGAUCUACUUGUAGCUAGAGCUUAAAAAGAGAACGUAGAAAAGAAGUUGGUGAAAUGGGGCUCUGUAUAAAUUGAGAUCAGAGAAUAUAUAUGACUUAAUAUUAUGUAUAAGAACAUUAGAUGGCUUAAUAUUAUGUAUAAGAACAUUAGAUGCCCUCUCCAUUCAUUACCCUACUUGUGCAUGUCAGGUAUUGGACUUGCUUUGCUCUGAAUUAAUAUUAUAAAUAAUAUAUUGAGAUAAUUUUUAGAAACUGUUUGGUUGGAAA